AUGGCAGAGGCUCUGCCCGAACCCAGAGUGAGGAGGAAAAAAAGCUUAUCUGUCGAGGAGAAAAUUGACAUAAGCGCUGUGGAGAGCGGCAAGAAAAAGGCGGACGUUGCAGCCAAGUAUGGCAUCAAGCUCAGAAACUCCCAGACUUCGAUUAUGAAGGAAAAAGUUUUGAAAGCCUUUGAAACUUUACAUUUUGAUCCUAAAAGGAAAAAACUGAGGACUGCUUUUCAUGUCGACCUGGAGGAGGCAUUAAUGAAGUGGUACAGAAUUGCAGAGUGGCUGAAUGUGCCAGUCAAUGGCCAUAUGUAGCGCCUCAAGGCGAAUGAUUUUGCUCAGAAGCUUGGACACAGUGAUUUUUAUUGCAGCAAUGGCUGGCUCGAUCGUUUCAAGUCGAGGUAUGGUUUAGUUUUCGGAGCUGAGCCUGUAGAAGCAGCUGCUGCUCCUGCAGUGGGUGCUCCAAUUCUUUGGUACCAAAAUGUGCUUCCUUAUUCUUUAAAUUAUUAUCAGCCAAAAAAAGUGUUUUACAUACAGGAGACUAAGUUGUUGUAUCAGAUGUUACCACAUAACACUUUUGCAUUUAAAGGGAAAACUUGUUGUGUAGGUAAAAAAAGAAAAGAGAGCAUCACUGUAGUGGUGGGUAUGAAUAUGGCUGGCUCUGAGAAACUCCCACUGUUCAUUAUAGGAUAAAGCAAAAAUCCAUGCUCUUUCGAAGAUGUGAAAUCGCUGCCAGUGGAUUAUGAAGCAAAUGAUAGGGCGUGCAUGACUUCGGGAAUCUUUGAACAGUGGAUGCAUAAACUCAAACAAUUUCAAGUACAGCAGUGCUGAGUGGUUAUUCUUGUUGAUUCUCUCCCAGCUCACACAGAAGUAAGGAACCUGAAGACUGUCAAAUUAGUGUUCUUUCCUCCAGACUCUUCUUUGUGUGUCAUUAUGAGUAUUAUCAGAAGUCUGAAGGUUAAGUACAGGCACUGUCUUAUCAAGAGAUUUGCUGACUGUGUAGAAAGUAAUAAAGAGUUUAUGCUGACCCUUCUUGAUGCAAUUGAGAUGCUGUACCUGUGCUGGUGGGAAGUAACACCAGACACUAUUGUAAAAAGUUACAAUGGAGCAACUUUCAGAUUAGAAUCUGAGAUAAAUUAUAACGACAGUGAGGUUGAAAGUGGUUUUGAUUUGAUUGCACAUGCACGGGCAGCUGGAGUGUUUCCAGAAGGUUUGUCUUUGGAAGAAUAUGCAGCUCUAGAUGAUGGCUUGGUAACUUAUGAAGUGCCCACAAAUAAUGAAAGGAUGUAUGCCAAAGAAAGUGCAUCAGAUAAAGCUGAGACAUUUGUUGGUGAUGAGGGUAAGGAUGAAGGUCGCUGACUUCAGGGAGCUGAACAACUUUUACCAUCCAGAAAUGAGACUUUGAGUGCUUUAGGUACCCUUUGGAAGUUUCUCAGAAGUCAAGACACACAUGAUUCUCUUUACAAUUCUCUAGCUGACUUGGAGAAUUUUAUUCAAUGCGUAGCAUAUGAGUAA